UGACAUUUCAGAGUGUUGCCACUUGUCACUUUUACUGGAAACGGGGCAGUUGGAACGAUUGGGAGCCAUAAUGCUUGCCACAUUUUCACAAAUGAAGUUGUGCGUGGAGCCGCUAUCGAUGAGAGCAACUACUUCCUGAUGUCCGAUGGUGGCGGUGACUCGCAUGGUGCGAGCCGGUGCCCAGCUCGUGAGAGCGUGCAAGGAGAUUUCGGGUUCAGGACCCUCUGCUUCUUCAUCUUCCUCACUGCCCCCUUCAAGUGGCAGGAGUUGCGGUUUGCGACAACGGUUGAAGCACAACCCUUGUGAUCUCCGUUGUUGCAUCUCUUCCCAGGUGAGCCUCUUCAGCGCUGUGGCCGUGGCAGGUAGGGUUCGUGGAAGAGGCUCGGGUAAGGAUGACAGAUGCUGGGCGGGUUGGGCUCUCCCGGGUCGGGUAAGAUGAUUUUGUCGACCCACCUGUUCUUCCCGCAUUUGGGCUAGGCCUAUGGCAUCUCUGAGUGUUCUGGGCUUGAACAUUCGAAUCCCAUCAGCAAUCUCGGGCUUGAGCCCACCAAUGAAGGCUCCAACUAGGGCCUGCUGAGGCCACCCAUGGAUUCUGUUGCCCAAUUUAUGGAACUCUCUCUGAUAAUCACGAAGUGGGCCCGUCUGACGGAUGUGGGUCAGAGCUUCAUCAAAGUCUUCAAACUCAGUCGGGCCGAACCACUCCCAACUCCUCUUCAAACCCGGUCUAGGUGAUUUCUCUUCCCUCUUCUCUGUAAUUUCGGUUUAGCCACUGCCACCAUUGAUUGGCCUCUCCUUCCAGGUGGUAGGCGGCAAGAGACACCUAGUGUUGCUCAGUGGUGCCCUGAUAGGAGUCGAAUUGGCUGACGCGACACAACAAUUCAGUCGGGUCACCCCCGGCGAAGACCGAGAACUCUAGCUUGUUGAGUUUGGAAUAUAAUGGGUUGCGGCUGUUCUCUUCGGGUUGUGGAUUUGCGUUGCAGUUUGCAGGAGGGGGGCUGGGACGAAGGGUUUGGUGGCUCUUGGAGCCUUCUCUACCAGAUGCGAUGGAGUUGGUGAGUAAGAUGGAUUCUUCAAGCGCCCGAAAUCGGUCGACCAUUUCGAUUUCCAUUCGGCUUAAAUUAUUUUGCACUUGUCUGAGGCCAGCCUCCAAAUUCCCAAUCCGUUCCUUGUUGGUCGUUAUAGUAACCUGGCUCUGAUACCAAUGUUUGGUCCCAAUCAAAACUUGAAGAAAAUAAGAAAAAGACUUUCUACUUGAGUUGACAGUGCGAGAAGCUUUGAAUUCAGCACUUGAUGAAGAAAUGUCUGCAGAUUCGAAAGUUUUUCUAAUGGGUGAAGAGGUUGGAGAAUAUCAGGGUGCAUACAAGAUUACAAAAGGCCUUUUGGAGAAGUAUGGUCCUGAGAGAGUUCUUGAUACACCAAUUACAGAGGCUGGCUUUGGUGGGAUUGGAGUUGGUGCUGCUUAUUAUGGUCUAAAGCCUGUAGUAGAGUUUAUGACAUUUAACUUCUCCAUGCAGUGUUAUGCAGCAUGGUACGGUUCAUGUCCUGGUUUAAAGGUGCUUGCUCCAUAUUCAUCAGAAGAUGCAAGGGGUCUGCUAAAAGCUGCUAUUAGGGACCCUGAUCCUGUUGUCUUCCUUGAAAAUGAGCUGCUAUAUGGUGAAUCUUUUCCGGUAUCGGCUGAAGCACUUGAUUCCAGUUUCUGCCUUCCGAUAGGCAAAGCAAAGGUAGAACAAGAAGGAAAAGAUGUAACUAUUACCGCAUUCUCAAAGAUGGUCACCCAUGCUCUCAAGGCUGCUGAUAUACUUUCAAAGGAAGGAAUCGGUGCUGAGAUUAUAAAUUUGCGGUCAAUUUGUCCCCUCGAUAGAGAUACAAUAAAUGCUUCCAUAAGGAAAACAAACAGACUGGUAACUGUUGAAGAAGGUUUUCCUCAACAUGGUGUUGGUGCUGAAAUUUGUGCAUCCGUUCUUGAGGAGAGCUUUGAGUAUCUUGAUGCACCCAUAGAGAGAAUUGCAGGGGCUGAUGUUCCCAUGCCUUAUGCUGCAAAUAUUGAGAGAACGGCAGUCCCUCAGGUCAAUGUUUCUGUUUAACCUUGAUUUUUAUUUGAUUGUAUUUGUCAGUUGAGAGUUGAUUUUCUUUUAGAAGAGAAAAAAUAUAAUUUAGACACACAUACACAUAUAUAGAUAGAACCAAAAGGGCAGAACCCAAAUACAACAGAUUUACAUAUAGUCAAGUAUCUAUAAGUCUCCUGGAUCCUCUGCCAUACACAGCAGUAGCCUCUUAAAAACAAAAGUUUUUGACCAUAGGGUGACAAAGUAGUUGCAUCCAAACCCAAUUAGAGAUUGUCAUUGUCUUCUCAACU